AUGAUCACGUCAACAGAGCCUCGGAUUGGCGCCUCUGCAGGCGAGCAAGCGGCCAUUAUCUACAAGAAGAUCAGGAAGGUCAGCGCAGCUUCUAACGACUCUUGCACCCGCAGACGCUGGAACGCCCCCCUUCCCUGCCCUUCAGGGCAGCGUAAGGCCCAAUCACUACGAGAGCAGCCAUUCCGCUUAGACAGUGGUACACCACAAGAACUCGGAGCUGGCCCAGAUCAUCCAAAUACAGUCCUCUACCUCGCAUAUGGCUCGAACCUCUGCGCGCAGACCUUCCAAGGAAACCGUGGAAUACGGCCCUUAUCCCAAAGCAACGUUGUGGUACCAGAACUAGUCAUGACCUUCGACCUCGCUGGCCUGCCCUACGUUGAACCCUGCUUUGCAAACACCAAAUAUCGCCAUGUCUCCCCUCCUACCUCUACCUCAGAGAAGUCCCACCUUAUCCCAAAGAAAACGCCAAGAUACCACAAGAAUCGCUGGAAGAAGGGUCUUGUUGGCGUCGUUUACGAAGUAACAAAAGAGGAUUAUGCCCACAUAAUAGCUACCGAAGGUGGAGGUGCUUCGUACCAAGACGUCCUUGUCGACUGCUACGAGCUCCCUCAUAACGAAGACAUAGUGCCCGAGUUUCCAGCCUCCCAUGCUUUCAAAGCGCACACGCUCUACUCUCCCAUCCUACCUCCAGGCGAACCACCGGAAAAAGGCGGACGCUUCUCACGUCCAGAUCCAGAUUAUGCGCAAGCAUCAGUGCGAUACCUGAAGCUGAUCACCGAUGGUGCGGACGAGCAUGCUCUGCCUGGGGAAUACAAAGACUAUCUACACCAGCUACGGCCGUAUAGAAUGACGACGCAAAAGCAAAUGCUUGGAGGCUGGAUCUUCAGCAUGAUAUGGCUACCACUGAUCAAGGCUGUGUUCGGGUUGAACAGUACUUUUUCUGACGAGAACGGGAAGGCGCCAGCAUGGUUGGUGGCAGUGACAGGCGCGAUAUUCCAGGGGAUGUGGACGAGCUAUGACGGAGUCUUCUUCAAAUUGUUCGGGGAUGGGGAAAGGACCGGUGAUGAGGAUGAAGACGAAGGCGAUGGGACUGUGCGGGUAGGGUCUUCAACAAAGUACGACGCCGUCGGUGAGAAAGGCAAGGGUGGAUACGAAGACGUUUGA